GUCCCACUUUAUCUUGGCAGCGGGCAUCACCUUGCUGUUGGCUGCAAGUUUAAUUGUUGGCAUUGUGUUUGUUGCCAAGGAGCAUGGGUCAUCUGAACCAUCUGAGGAUGUGAGUGCAGUCUUCAAAAAUGCUGCUGUUGCUGCUGAUUCAACUCUGUGCUCAGAAGUGGGAAAGAACAUUCUGUUAAAAGGUGGUAAUGCUGUGGAUGCAGCUAUUGCCACAUUGCUGUGCAGCGGUCUAACCUCAGCACAGUCCAUGGGGAUAGGAGGAGGAUUUUUUAUGACAAUUUACAACAAUAUUGGUGUCCCUGGUGAAAUCAAAGGAUACUGGCUUGCUCACCAGAAAUAUGGCAGUCUUCCGUGGAAAGAUUUGUUUGAACCAGCAAUAAAUAUGUCACAGCAGGGAUUUCCUGUACCGAAGUCACUCCAUGAUGCUCUGUUAUCUGAUGAAAAGACGGUGUUAGAAGAGCCUUCAUUGAAAGCUGUGUUUGUAAAUCCAAAAACUGGAUACAUUUUCAAAGAAGGGGAGACUAUGACGAGGCCACAACUUGCAGUUACACUGAAAAUUAUCUCUGAUAAUGGCUCUGAUGCAUUUUACAGUGGUUCACUGGCUGACAGCAUAUUGCAGGAUUUGAAAGAAAUCGGUUCAAUCAUCACCAGACUUGACCUUCAAAACUAUGAAGCCUGGGAGAAGAAGCCACUAGAGAUAGUUCUCAAUGGAGGGAUCAAGCUUGUGUCGCCACCACCCCCAGCCAGUGGGGCUGUACUGUCAUUUAUCCUAAAUAUUUUGGAUGGCUAUAAUUUUACUGCAGGAGAUCUGGAAACAGACACCUUUACAACACUGACUUACCACAGGAUUGUUGAAGCUUUUAAAUUUGCUUAUGCCAAGCGAACGGAUUUAGGAGAUGAGAAAUUUGAGAAUGUCACAGAGCUAGUGCGUAAUCUGACAUCUAAAGCUUAUGCAGAUAGCAUACGUACGCUGAUCACAGACAAUGCCACUCAUGGUUAUGAAUAUUAUGGACCAACAUUCUAUGAUCGGGACACAACAGGAACAUCCCACUUGUCUGUGGUUGACCAACAGGGGAAUGCAGUAUCCGUGACGAGCACUAUCAAUGGCAGGUUUGAGAACAAAUGUCUUAGAAGAAUACUAAUGUGUCCUGCAGUUCUGGUCAACACAGAUGGCAGCGUGAAUAUGAUAGUUGGGGCUGCAGGCGGCUCAAAGAUUACUACAGCAACAGCAUGGGUUAGUGUUGA